GCUAUUUAUGUUGUGUGCGCGCUGGGUUGAAUUCUCAGAAGGUCAUUAAAACAGAAGGUCAUGGGUGGAAAAACCAAGCCAUCCUCAGUUGGCAAACCUUUGAUGGGUUAUGAUGAGAUAGUUAUUCAAGAAGAUGACUCCAAAUGUUGUUCGUGUACACCGAGUUGGGUCAAGACGUUUUUAAUUUUCUUCACUGCAAUUAUCUUGCUGAUUGCAUUAGCUUUAAUCGGGUUGGGAGUUUUCCUCCUAGUUAUUCGCUUGCCCUUUGUUCCCGUGCUGCUGGGUGAAAUUGCUUAUUUAAGUCAUUUUCUAAUGUUCGUUGUUGGAGGACUUCUGGUGGUCGUGUGCAUAAUUGGAUUCAUCGGAGUUUCAAAUGGAAAGUCCACUCUACUUUUGACAUUUGCUUGGAUAUUGUUCAUCAUCUUAUUAAUUCAAUUCACUACUGGUAUUUUGGCUCUGUGUUUCUCCAAUAUUCUGACUGAAUGGCUUGCUGACAGAUUGAUGCUUACCAUGCAAACUCUGUACUUCCGCGACACUGAUGGUGUUGACGCUGCUGUAGACCACAUACAACAAAAGUUCAAAUGCUGUGGAUCAAGAAGUUACCGAGAUUGGACAGAUAGCAUCUUUCAAAAUUAUUCGAAACGAAAUGAAAUAUUACCAUAUCCAAAUUAUCCACUAGUUGUUCCUGAUUCAUGUUGCGUAAGAUCAAUUAAAAGCUGUGGAACACUACCGCACCCAUCGAAUGUUUAUAAUGAGGGAUGUAUGGAGUCGAUACUUCUUAACCUACGUGAACAGUAUUACAUAAUAUGCGUGGUAGUGCUCGCUCUUGUUUUUGUGGAGUUCUUCGGCGUGAUACUUGCAUGUUGCUAUUCAAAGGCACCAAAGAUGGACCGUUAAAUGCUGCGCUUCAAAAAUCUUAGUAAUUAAUAUUUUCAACAAGUUUAUUGACAUUCAUUUUUAAUGUACAGCUUUCUUAAAAUAUAUAAUUUUUUGCACA